CAUUUUGAGAGAGAUGGAGAAAAGAGGACAUGUAUUGGCAGUGUCAUAUCCAGCGCAAGGACAUAUCACACCAAUCCACCAAUUCUGUAAACGACUCAUCUCUAAAGGUCUCCAAACCACUCUUGCUCUUACCACUUUCAUCUUCAACUCCAUCAAACAUGACCCAUCUGGUCCAGUCUCCAUAGCCACCAUCUCCGAUGGCUACGACCAGGGUUUUGACUCGUCUGGCUCCAUCCAAGACUAUGUCCAAAGCUUUAAAACCUUUGGCUCUAAAACCAUUACAGACAUCAUCCGCAAACACGAAACAAGUGAUAACCCCAUCACUUGUAUCGUCUAUGAUUCUUUCUUGCCUUGGGCAUUCGACGUUGCCCGAGAGUUUGGUAUAGCUGCGGCUCCUUUCUUUACGCAGUCUUGUGCUGUUAACUAUGUUUACUAUCUUUCUUACAUAAGCAAUGGAAGCCUGAACCUUCCCAUUGAGGAGUUUCAUUUUCUUGAGCAUCAAGAUUUGCCUUCUGCUCCUGAAUCUUACCCUGCUUACUUGGAGAUGGUGCUCCAACAGUUUACAAACUUUCAAAAGGCUGAUUUCUUACUCGUUAAUACCUUCCAAGAGUUGGAGCUUCAUGAGCAGGAGUUAUUGUCAAACGUUUGUCAUGUGUUGACAAUUGGUCCAACUGUUCCAUCAAUGUACUUAGACCAAAGGAUCAUUUCAGACACAAAUUAUGAUCUGAAUAUCUUUGAUUUGAAAGACGCUGCCUUCUGCACUAGCUGGCUGAACACAAGGCCACAAGGGUCAGUGGUGUAUGUAGCAUUUGGGAGCAUUGCUAAGCUUAACAAUGUGCAGAUGGAGGAACUUGCUUCAGCAGUAAGCAAAUUCAGCUUCCUGUGGGUUGUCAGAGAAAAACUGCCAUCAGGAUUUCUUGAGACACUGGAUAAAGACAAGAGCUUGGUCUUGAAAUGGAGUCCUCAGCUUGAAGUUCUGUCAAACAAAGCCAUCGGUUGUUUUUUGACUCAUUGUGGCUGGAAUUCAACUCUGGAGGCAUUAGCCAUUGGGGUUCCCAUGGUAGCUAUGCCUCAAUGGAUCGAUCAACCUAUGGAUGCAAAGUACAUACAAGAUGUGUGGAAGGCUGGAGUUCGUGUGAAGAUAGACAAUGAGAGCAGGAUUGCCAAGACAGAGGAGAUUGAGUUUAGCAUUAAGGAAGUGAUGGAGGGAGAGAAGAGCAAGGAGAUGAAGGAGAAUGCGAAGAAAUGGAGAGACUUGGCUGUCAAGUCACUCAGUGAAGGAGGCUCUACAGAUAUUAACAUUGACACAUUUGUAUCAAAGGUUCAGAGCAAAUAAG